AAGAGAUGGUGCCGGCGCCGGCGCCGGACAUAGAGGCUCAAACUAAUAACAAGACAGCCACGGAAUCCCCCGGCAUCUUUCUCAAAGCCAAUCGGCCUGUUACGUUGAAGUUUGAGGAGGUAGUAUACAAGAUCAAGACUAUAAAAAGGGGAUUACUUGAGAGAAAAGGCAAGUCUGAGGAGAAAGUGAUAUUGAAGGGAAUCACAGGGAUGGUUCAACCGGGGGAAGUGCUGGCCAUGCUAGGCCCAUCCGGCAGCGGCAAAACGACAUUGCUGACGGCGCUGGGAGGCAAACUUGGCGGGCAGCUUGGCGGAAGCAUAACCUACAACGGCAGGCCGUUUUCGAACGCAAUGAAGCAAAGCACGGGUUUUGUUAGCCAAGACGAUCUGCUCCAUCCCCACUUGACUGUGACUGAAACACUAGUAUUCACUUCUCUUCUCCGAUUGCCAAAUAGUUUCACGAAAGAAGAGAAAGUGCAGCAUGCAGAAGCUGUGAUAACUCAACUUGGUCUAACAAGCUGCAAGAAUAGCAUCAUUGGAGGAAGCUUCGUGAGGGGGGUUUCUGGGGGGGAGAGAAAGAGGGUUAGUAUAGGACAAGAAAUGCUCAUAAACCCUAGCCUGCUAUUUUUGGACGAGCCCACUUCUGGUCUUGACUCGACAACUGCUCAGAGAAUUGUAUCUACUUUGUGGGAGUUAUCAAAUGGAGGAAGAACUGUUGUUAUGACCAUACACCAGCCUUCAAGCAGGCUAUUUUACAUGUUUCAUAAGGUUUUGCUGUUAUCUGAAGGAAACACUUUGUAUUUUGGGAGAGGAUCAGGAGCCAUGGAGUAUUUUUCGAGUGUCGGAUACUCCCCGUUGGUUGCCAUGAAUCCUGCAGAUUUUAUCUUAGAUCUUGCAAAUGGUGUGUCAUCGGAUGAUAUGCAUCAUGAGGAUCAAAUCCUGGUUAAGGAGAGUUUAGUAUCUGCCUAUAAAAGCAAUCUUGCUGAUAAAUUGAAAGCUGAGCUUCAAGAGAUUAACGACAAUCAAUUUCAAGAUGGAUCUGAUGCUAAGCAAUUUGGGAGGUGGUCCACAACUUGGUGGCAGCAAUUCUGUGUGUUGUUUAAAAGAGGGGUCAAAGAAAGAAGACAAGAUUCAUUCUCUGGCCUCCAGAUCGGUGAGGUUGUGGUGGUAGCAUGUCUUUCGGGACUACUGUGGUGGCAAUCUGAUGUUUCCCACCUACAAGAUCAGGUAACAAUUCUUAUCUCUUUGUAUUUUGCACAAAUAGGAGAUUAG